AUGCUAUGGCAAACAUAUACGCCUGCUGAAUUGUCUCGGUUUGAUGGCUCGUCUGAGCAGGACAAGCGAAUUCUCAUGGGAGUUCAAGGCCGAGUCUUUGACGUCACAGCGAGCGCAGGCUUCUACGGGCCAGGAGGUCCUUACGAAAACUUUGCGGGACGGGACGCUUCACGAGGACUUGCGCUUCAGUCAUUCGACGCAGAUGUGUUGACACCUACUGAUCAGCCUCUCGAUACUUUGCAAGACCUCACGCAGGCCCAAAAGGAAAAUCUACAGGGCUGGCUCGAAAUGUACGCCAACAAAUACACGGAAUGCGGAGAAAUACGCAACCCGCCAUUGAAGUAG